AUGGGGUUGCAGGAGCGCUUGGCAGCGCAGCGAGACCUGCUCGCUGCUCGUCAAACUGGUCAAGCAUACAAACAAAAGGCAUCUGCUUCAUCGACUCCCUUGUUGAGUGCACCGCAAUUAUGCAUCUCAACUGCUCGAACCCGCCUUUCCUCAUCUCUGCGAGGCCUGAGCCGGUUCGGCCCUGAGGAGCUCUACGGCAUGGCGGCCGAGGGAGAGGUAGCGAGCCUGUGCGUUUUUGCUUCGAAUUACACAAUGCCAGAGUUUUUGGCGCGAAUUUUGAUUCGUUUGAUCAUGGUGGCAUUGCACCACAAUCAAACCCACACGGUGCUUGUGCUACUCGGUUACUUGGAUGUGAUCGAGGAUGACACGCUACUGCAGUUGGCGCUCUUCCGAGCCAACACCACAGCCGCCAUGCAUAUCCGCCGCCGCAUGCGGAACCAAGCCUUACCUGACCCAUGCAAAGAUCACCCAGUGGCUCAGAACAUCUGGCAAAUGUUGGGCCUUAUUGAGGCCCUACACUCGGGUCGCAUCAGCUCCUCCCUCUGGAUUCUAGCCCGGCUGGUGGCCAACCAUCAGCUUGCAGCCUCGCGCGUCAUGUGUCUUCGAUUUGAUAUUCUUCCAGAUCAUCUUCUAUCUUUGCAGCAAACGGGUGCCUAUUCGACGUUACAGCGUUGCCUCUUCAGUCUCGGCGAACCCAGCGGGUCGAUCGCUAAGCAGCUUGACCUCUCCACUGCUUGUGGAGCAGCCCUGAUGCUUCAUCUGCGAGUAUCGGGGGCUUCGUCUUUUGUGCAAGUGCAAAAGCGCUUGGAUGUCAGAGAAACACUGGCAAGGUGGCGUCGAUACCGCUCCAAGCACAUGGGCCACCAAAAGUCAUCAUCAGAGCAAAUCGAUCGGCCACCUCGCCCUUUGGAGCGGGGGGUUCACACGGGACUUUUGGCCGAGCACCUGGCACAACUGCACACACCAGAUCCAUUGACAUUUCAACCGGCUUUGCCGCGUGAGUGGGCUCGUAUCGAGGUGAAACGGCGUAGUUCUUCAGCACCUGAGCCUCACGCAUCGCAGCCGAUCAAACCACCUCACCAUGGGGUUGAUCCAAGGCAGCAGCCACAAAGCUUGCAGCGCAAAGCGCCAGAUAUGGCUGGCAUUGCUGCUCGUCGCACAUCAGCAGCUUCCCUCAAACUGCCGGAGACUUCACCACCUCGCACUGACAGUGCCAUGCCGCCACUCGUAACACCGGAGAAGCCUGAUCUGGUGAAGCAUCCUGCCGCGGUUGAUCCUCUGACGAGCUCGCCCCCACCUUCUAUCGUGGAGACCGCAGCUAGUGCAGCGCCGAUCGCAGGACCUGCCCAGGUGCACAAGGCCCCUUUGACCUUUCAAGAACCAGGCACCACCCAAGAACAAGCUCCUCAUCGGGCCACGCAUGUGGUUUCUCAUGAGGCCGCAGCAGCCACGGAUGCGGUUACUCACGACGCCGCAGCAGAAUCAGAGGAUGAGGAUUCAGACUCCGAGGAUGAGUCUGCUCCCAUCUUACCACCUCUGGCCUCCAGCGUAUUGCGAGAUGAACCGAUUGAUCCUGACACAUGGUUUGGCAUCGUGGAUCGCGGAGACACUCCAGCAUUGGAGAGGCUGUGUGCGGUCCAGCCCAGGGGCUUGCGGUUGGUCGACAAAACCCAGCAAACGCUAUUGCAUUUGGCUGUGCUGGCCCAUCAACCCGAGAUGGUCAAGCGACUCCUCGAACUUGGCUUGGAGGUGAAUGCCUUGGGUGGCAGCUUGCGGGAGACACCCUUGCACAUUGCAUGUCGCCAAGAACAGAUACAGUCUGCCCGCCUGCUGUUAGAUGCUGGUGCAGACUCGACCUUGACCGACAUCAACUUUGAAUCGGCCCGCGACAUUUGCUCUGGGUCGUUUCGUCGCCAACUGUUUGCUGCCACUUCACAACAGGGCUCGGACAGUCAAGCCACGGAUAAGCAGCGGCGCAUCGCCGAGGCAUUGGAGGCGGCACGGGCUCGCGCCUCAGCUGGGAACCAGAAAGCGUCUGCCAAGCGCGUUGCUGAUAGUUCUGGCACGAUGGGCGCAUCCGCGGUGGCAUGGCCCCUUUGCACGGUGGACGAAGCCGGGGCUGAGACAGAAGACGUUGACGGAUUUGCCAUCACCGCCCUUCCUCUGGCCAAGCGGCAAUCGCCAGGACAUCGGCCCUCGAAUGAGGGCAUUUUUUCCGUCACAUAUGGCGGGGAGCAGAUUGUUUUGGCGGCAAGUAAUCAGGACUUCUUGCCCGAGGUCUUAGUGCAGCAUGAACCGGAGGCAGAAGCACGACGCAAGGCAUAG